GUGGUGGAUGUCCAAACGGUCCUGCCAUAGGCCCUCCACCUGACACUGGCAUGGGCAUGGGCAUGGGCAUGGGCAUGGGCAUGGACAUUGGCAUUGGUUGUCCUGGUAGCCCGCCAGAAGAGUAGCCACUAUUGAAGUAGGGCGGCCCCGGCGGCCCCGGUGGUCCUGGUAGUCCUGGUCCUGGAGCGGAAUUCAUGACACAAAUACUUCUCUAUGGCAGAUAGCCCAGACGCACCUUCAAGUGAACAUGUUAAGCCCCGCGAGGUUCCAUACUGUGGUUUCUGCUCAUUGCCACCAGAGUACUGCGAGUUUGGACCUACUCUGGAAAAAUGUAAAGAAUGGUUGAGCAGAAACGAUAAAGUGCUGUAUGCUAUUUUGUAUAAUACUUUGGAGGAUCAAUUAGCGUCCACAUCACUCGGCGAGAGCAAGCCAGAAGAAGACAAGAAGAGGGCAAAAGAGGCUGCCAAGAUUGAAAAGCAAUUGCAGAAGAAGAUGGCAUCCAAGGUUCUGAUCAAGAGAAUUGAACGGACCAAGAGAAAAUGUGUCACAUGUGUUUUUGGACUGGAGAACUUUGAUGUCGACCUCAAGAAAGCAGCCAAACUUUUUGCCAACAAAUUUGCAUGUGGAGCAUCAGUUACAAAGAAUAACCAGGGCAAUGAUGAGAUUGUAGUCCAGGGCGACCUAUCGGACGAAAUUUUCGAACUCAUUCUGGAGCACUGGCCAAUUGUGCCUGAAGAUAACAUUGAUCUGAUUGAGGACAAGAAGAAGGGCAAAUAGUGAAAAAAAAAAAAUAAGUAGAGAAAAAUAAACUUUUUCUUGACAUUUUUACGGAAGAGCAAUUGUCGUGGAAAAA